AUGUUUAUCACUGCGGACCUCUUCGGCUGCGACCCCGGACACGACCGCUCCAACUCCGCAACCUCGAUACAUACGCAGACCUGGAACGCAAUGGUGGACUCUUCCCUUUCGACGGGUCUGGGCAAAAGGAAAAGGCGGUCAGAAGACUGCGAUGGGGCAUCAGGUGUACACCAUUCCGCUCUGCAACGAUCCUCCCCCGCCAGCAAAGGAUUCCUCAAACUGCAAGGUCACGACUCCGCAUCCUUCGACGGCAACAACGAGCGAACAUACCCGCUCUCCGUGGCCGCCUCAACUUACCUCACCUCGGAUCGACGGCCGGUGAAGCAGAUGAGACGUCUGAACCCGAAAGUCUCUCUUGUCAAAACCCCGUCGCACCUCAUGGACAUCGAGCCAGACCUUCCGCCAAGCUCGUCACAUACCGAAAAGAGGGAAACACGCAACGACACUGACCUGCGUCCAUGCCACGCCUGCAAAACAGCACCGAAGCGGAAAAGAGAUCUAGAGAACUAUAUGGAAUGCAAACGUUGCGACGGUCGGACCUGCUAUAUUUGCGCAAGAGAAUGCUUGGGAUGUCGAAAGGCUAUUUGCAAGAAGUGCAUUGUAGAAGUCGGUCAAGAGGGGGAUCCCUGGUGCUUGGAGUGCUAUUCCAGACACAUCAAUACUUGA